UUUAAUACCAUAUUUGGUCUUCCUGUUUGCCUGUGGCAUUCCACUGUUUCUCCUGGAGAUAUCAUUGGGUCAAUAUACCAGUCAGGGUGGCAUCACCUGCUGGAAGAAAAUUUGCCCUUUGUUUCAAGGCUUGGGGUAUGGAACGAUGGUGGUCCUGUUGUAUUCCUGCAUCUACUACAUUAUCAUUAUGGCCUGGGCAUUCUUCUAUCUUUUUUCUUCUUUUAGUACCGAGUUACCCUGGGCUAGCUGCAACAAUUCUUGGAACACUGAACUUUGUGUUGAAUUUGAUAAAAAGAAGGAUUUUAACAACUUGACUAUACCAGAAAACGCAACUUCACCAGUUCAUGAGUUCUGGGAGAGGAGAGUGCUAAAUCUCACUGGCAAUGUACAUGAGCUAGGCAGUAUAAGGUGGGAGCUGGCUGCGUGUCUCCUCUUGUCUUGGAUCAUCUGCUACUUCUGUGUUUGGAAGGGAGUGAAGUCUACAGGGAAGGUGGUCUAUUUCACUGCUACCUUUCCUUAUGUUAUGUUGAUGGUGCUUUUGGUGAAUGGGCUCAUGUUGCCGGGAGCUGCUGAUGGUAUCAGGUUUUACCUCUACCCAGAUUUUACACGUCUCAAAGACCCACAGGUGUGGAUGGAUGCUGGAACUCAAAUUUUUUAUUCUUAUGCGCUCUGCAUGGGCUGCCUCACUGCUCUCGGAAGCUACAACAAGUACAACAACAACUUAUACAAGGACUGUAUUUAUCUGUGCCUGUUGAACAGUGGGACCAGUUUUGUGUCUGGCUUUGCCAUAUUCUCUGUGCUGGGCUUCAUGGCUUAUGAGCAGGAGACAGAUAUAUCAACAGUAGCAGAGUCAGGUCCAGGGUUGGCCUUUAUUGCAUACCCCAGGGCAGUAGCGAUGAUGCCUGCUCCACAACUAUGGGCCAUUUGUUUUUUCUUGAUGAUAGUUUUGCUAGGCUUAGAUACUGAGUUUGUGGGCCUGGAGACAUUUAUGACAGCUAUAACUGACCUGUACCCCUCCUACUUACUCCUUGAUUAUCGGCGUGAACUCACCCUGCUCUUUAUCUGUGUUGGGAGUUUCCUCAUUGGGCUGGUUAUGGUAACAGAGUGGGAUGACACUUCUUUUAUUCGCCAUUCUGCAGUCAGUGUGUAUAGGGUGGGUGUAUGGGGCUGAUAGCAUGUAUAAUAACAUUGAGGACAUGAUUGGUUAUCAACCAUGGUUCUUAAUAAAAUACUCUUGGAAAUACAUCACUCCUCUAGUCUGCACUG